AUGCCAAACGACAAUUCCACGCAAAGGGAAACGCUGUCCUACGAAGCACACGUGCUGCAAGAAAUUCUGAAGAUAAACGAACUAAUGAUAAGACAGGCUCACCUGAACGAAGAAUUUCACGGUGACGAUAAAUUUUCACCGAAGAAUUACAAAAUCUCAAAGGAUGAAAAUAAUUCCUCUGCAGACAGAUUUGACAACGAAGCACGCGAGAUACAUUUUCAAGUGACGUCGAAGAACAUUUCAUCUCCGAAGGGAAGAAACAUUUCAUCGAGUACCACUGUGUUCAAGAUACGCUCGAGGACAACUUUAAGAAACGCGCGAUUUGAAAGGAACAAAUUUUCUGAAUCCGUCGAUUCUUCAGAAACAGACAGAACGCCUGCUUCUGACAGGACGUUUAUUUUAACUAAAAAUGAUCAGUCUCUCAAAGUGGAUGAAUUGGAUAUUCUUCGUUCAACGAUGCAUGAAAAUUGUGCGAACUCCACAGUAAGGGGAGAAAACGAAAUUUCUUCGACCAGGGUAAGAAAAAUGGAGGAUAGAUCGAUUGGUGAUGCUCUGUUCAGUUGUCCCUUCGAAUUAGUCGAGAUUUAUUCGAAUAAGAAUAAAGGGAAGAACAGUGAAAAUAAUUUGAAUAAUUUGGCCUUUGACGUAAGUCGACAAACGUGUUCGAUGAGAACUUUUCCAAAGGAGGGUGACAAACAGUUCAAAAUCGAAAAGAAUCAGCUUUCAGUGUCGAAAGAAGAAACGUGUGUGGAUAAUGGUAAGGACGGAGGAGUAAAAGACUCUGACAAAGUCGACGAGAUUUGUCGAAAAAUAUAUACGAAGGAAAUUGAUCAGAGUGAUGAUUUGCAGAAAGAAUGUAGAAAAGAAAAUUGUCAAAAUCGUAAUGAAACUGUUGAGGAAGAAUGCGCUCUGAAUAACAGUCUGAUUAAUAAAGAUUUUCAUGUGAAAAGACACGCGCAGAACAAUGAAGAUUCACAGAAGAAGCGUAGAGAAGAGAAUGACGAAAUAAAUGAAGAUUUUCAAAAAACAGAAAAAAUUCUCAAGAAUAAUAUAUCAGAAACUACUGUUGUCAAAUUAAUCCAAGAUCAAGAAAAUUCUAUCAUCAACUCGAGAAUUGCAAACGAUGGAACGAUGCAAAUAAACAAGCAAAAUCAAUUGGACGAAAAUGUCAUAUCUACGUCGAAAAAAGCUGAAGCCAAACAGGAUGUGAAUUUGAUUACAAUUUAUGAGGCAACGGGGAAACCUUGCACGGAGAAGACACGCGAAGAAAAUGAUUUCAAUAAAUCCGAAGUGACUGACGAGACAAGAAAAUGUAAUAUAAAACAGUCUGAUGAUCCGUCUACCUUCGAGAAUAAUAUCAAAUUAGAAGUGAAAUUAGAAGAAUCGUGUGUGAGAAACGAUGGUCUCAAUAUUACUGAAGACACACGUUCUUUAGAACGUAAGAAAGAUACGAACAAAGAGAAGGAAGUUGUUCCAACAAUUAAAAAACAAACCAGCGAACUGAAAUCUGCAAAUAUUUUGUCGAUUCCCUGCUCUUUGAGAAGAGUAGCAAAAAAUCAUGAUUUAUUUGUCAAUGAGAAGACUUCGAAAUCUUUAAAAUUCAGCGACUCAGCAAAUAAUGCAACGAUAAAAAUUGAAGAAGGAGCUUCUGAAGAGAUGCUUCGACGCGACAUUGAAUCGAUACCUUUGUCACAGACUUUGUGUGCGAGUAAUGCAGAAAAAUCAUGUGCGAAGAUUGACAACCUGAAUGCCAGUGAACAUACAGAUUAUUCGAAAUUUCAUAAGCUUACGGAUAAAGUGGAAGAGAACGUUUCAUCCACGUUUAAACAAGAAAACAGUCAAAGUGUGAAGAAAUGUCUGAGAAGUAAUUUGAACGCUGGUUCGCGUAAAUCGAAUGCAUUUGGCAGCAGUUCGUCAAGACCAAAAGCAGAAGGGAAUACCUCGUUCAAGUUUAAAGGAGGAAAUCGGAGUACAGGAACGAAAUGUCAGAAAAUGAAUUCGGACAUUGAUCCGCGUAAAUCGCGUGUAAUUGAUGACAAUUUCUUUAAACAACAUCCAGUUAAUCCGAAUGAAAGGAAAACAUCGAAAACAAUGACGCAGCACAGUGAAUCUGACGAUCUUAAAGAUUCGAGCAGUAACCUGUCGUCGUCGUUGGAAGACGUUCAUCGUCAAGGAAAAGUAUCAAAUGCUGAGGAGAGACACGCGAACGAAGAUUUAUCGACAGAAAACAAAAUUAAGAUAAUUGUCGAGAAACGAGAGAGCAAGGAAAAUAAAGUUAUUAGUGGCAAUAAAAAUUUGUUGUGCAACGAAGAUAUUCAAUCGUCGAUGAUUAAGAAUGAGAGAAUAGAGGAACGGGAUUCUGAUGAUUCUUACGAAGAGGUUGAGAUUAACGACGCGAAGCAUGAAACAGCUAUGCGAGAAUCGAGAAGAAUUGGUAUUAAUUACAAAGACUUAAACGUGUGCAAAAUGUUAACGAAGAUUCACGAACGAUUGACGAGCGAUUGGCAACGAAUGGAACAACUUCGAAUGAAAUUGCAAAUCUCAGUUUCUGUAGAGCUUGUGAAUCCGAUGAUGAUGCUGCAAUUGCUGGAUAAAACUAUAGCUAGGUGUAAGAGUUAUAUCCACGGUUCAAACAACAGCUACGAAACUGAACUGCAGAUGGCUAAACUCUUGUCAAAGUAUGUUGUUGAAUUGGUGAAAAUCGUGAAAAUUAACAGAAAAAGUUUGGAAGACCAAGGUUCGAAAAUUCGUCACUAAAGGAUAUACUUAACAUAUUAAUUGAGAAAUUAAUCAACAAUUCGUAUUUUAAAUACAGCAAAAUUUUUAUUGUAGAACGACAUGUCGAUCAAAUGCAAUCAGAGUUGGUUCAAGGGCAUCAUGUUAAUAAAAAAGUAUUUAAUACUAUUCAAUACUACUAA